CAUGUUAUUUAGCCUGACUGGAGUGCCUCGCAAAGUGUUUGCUAUUGGUUAUGCCCUUGUACUACGUGGCGUAGACACAUCAGCCCCGCGCCAAACCACCAAAUCUGCCUCACGAUAUCAUUCAUUCGAACGUACCAAAGUAAAGUCGGAAAUACUAAAACGAUCCCUAUGUCUUGGUAUCCUACCCAUUCUUUCAUAAAAUAAUUAUUAAAGAUGCACAUUAGACUGGAGAAAAUCUCUUUCACUGUUGCUGAUUCUCAUCUUGUCUGACAACGCGUUAUCUCCACUCUAUUUUUUUACGAUAUCUUACAUAAGCAUAGCAUUUCAAGAUGCAAAGGAUGAGAGCUAUUUUCUCCUAUCUGGCUCAUCUCGAGUGGACGGAGAAGAAACAGAAAGAUUGUAUCUUUUGCGAUAGAACUAAGUUUCAAGGGAAUAUCGUUUAUGAGACCGACACACUCUUCGCUAUAAAUAACAUAUCGAAAGCGGGAACAUACCACUGGCUUAUUAUGCCCAAGGAGCAUCAAUGGCGCGACGUCGAGAGUUUAGUAUAUGAAGACACACAACUACUCCAAUCUAUGAUCGAUUUAAAAAAGGAGUUACUACAAAAACACUGUCCCGCGGUAUCGCCAAAGAAUAUCCACUCAGGAUUCCACCGCGGUCGUAGAGUCCUAUUCCGAGAUGUUUAUUGGCCGGAUAUCAUUUCUAUUCACCAUUUGCAUAUGCAUGUUAUCGUGGAGCCUCGUUUUUGGUUAUGGUUAUUCAAGUAUCCUUCUUGGCUGCCGUUGAUGUGGAAAUCUGAGAAGCAGAUUGAACAAGAAUUAAAGAGGAAAAGCGCUGAGAGAUGAGACGGAAACUAAUCUAUUUUACUUACUAAUUAGUUACCUAAGCGCACUCUUGUAUUUUGAUCUCUGACUAAUCACUCAGAACGUAGAUUACCUAAUGCAAAUGUUUACAUAAGUCUUGA